AUGAUAUCUUCCAAAACUAGCAACCGCAUAUGCCUCUGCUCCCCACAGCAAACGGCACGGAUCACUGGGAUUGUCGUCUCCUCUCGCCCAGCUUAUCUGACGGGGCUUGGUUAUCCGGUUUCCCUUCGACUCAGCUCAGCUGUAUCUCAGUCCUCCUCCCAACACACCCGCAGCUUUUCAUCAACAAGGGCUGCUCAUCUGAAGGAUUUCUUCCCGGUGAAGGAGACGGCCUAUAUACGGAAGACACCGCCAGCAUGGCCUCACCAUGGUUAUACCGAAGAGGAAAUGUUGGCAGUGGUGCCUCAGCACCGAAAACCCGGAUCACUCAGUGAUUGGCUUGCGUGGAAGCUGGUCCGUCUGUGUCGAUGGGGAACAGACAUCGCCACCGGCAUAAAGCCCGAACAGCAAGUCGACAAGUCAAACCCAACCACUGCUGUGGCGGCACAGAAGCCGCUGACAGAAGCUCAAUGGCUUGUUCGGUUCAUUUUUCUCGAAUCCAUUGCCGGCGUCCCUGGAAUGGUGGCAGGUAUGCUACGGCACCUUGAGAGCCUCAGACGCCUCAAACGGGACAAUGGCUGGAUCGAAACCUUGCUCGAGGAGUCAUACAAUGAAAGAAUGCAUCUUCUCACCUUUAUGAAGAUGUGCGAGCCAGGCUGGUUCAUGAAGACGAUGAUUCUCGGGGCGCAGGGUGUCUUCUUCAACGCCAUGUUCCUGAGCUACUUGAUCUCGCCACGAAUUACACACCGUUUCGUUGGCUACCUCGAGGAGGAAGCGGUCCACACCUAUACUCGAUGUAUCCGGGAGAUUGAACAAGGCGAUCUUCCCAAGUGGUCUGAUCCGAACUUCCAGAUUCCCGAUCUUGCUGUCACGUACUGGAAGAUGCCCGAGGGAAAACGGACCAUGAGGGAUCUGAUCCUUUACAUUCGUGCCGAUGAGGCAGUUCACCGCGGUGUGAACCACACCUUGAGCAACCUCAACCACAAGGAGGAUCCCAAUCCUUUCGUCAGCGACUACAAGUGCGAUGCUGACCAUCAACGACCCAACCCGGCGCUCAAGCCGACUGGGUUUGAGCGGAGCGAGGUCAUUGGUUGA